AUGAUUGAAACGGCAUUCACCUCUUCCAAUGCCGGUCUCUCUGGCCCACAUAAUAACUCAGCCGGUAUUCCAUAUACAGGUAGUCAUCUGUCCUCCGAUUUCUCCUCAUCUUCUGAGGCUUCUUCGAUAGUGUCAACUACUCUGAUGGCUCACCAAUUAGCACGCGUCGCCUCAGCCAACUGGACAACUCGAGCUGUCUUCGCCCGUAGCCCGGCUUCUUCGCUUCGACGGUGUGCCAUCGAUUUAAUAGGCAGAGGCCUAGACGUUUGGGAGGCGUUUCUCGACACCGGACAGCUCCUUAAUGCUCUUCUUAAUCUGGCAGCUCCGGCCGAAGAUAUGUUGCAAAGGUCAGAUUUAUAUAUUUUUAUCGACUAG